ACACCAUGUCUUAACACGAUGGUCAAGCACUGGCAGUCCACGUUUACCAGUCAGAAGUCUUCAUUGUUGUGCCGUCCCUCAGGCAUGUCGUUUACGUAGGAUUCACUAUUUGGACAUUCCCCACCACCUACUAUCUGCGGGAACUUCAUGUUUCUUUGUAAGUAAAGGCGAUGUUUGUAUUAGACAAAGGAUUGCAACGUACUGACUAAGGAUUGAGUAAUGCAAUAUGACACGCCUUACACUUUGACAUUUGAUGGGGGCACAGCCUCCUCCCAAAGACAAUAAUUUGUUUUAAUUCAAACAUCUUUGCCUCUCAUUUAAAUGGCGUUCAAGAUACUAAAUUUUUUUUUUUGUAUUUCCAAAACAAGAAAUGUACUUUUUUUCAAAGACAAUUGUUUUGCUUUAUUUUCCAAGAAUAAUAAAAAUGUAUUUGUAUUUCCAAGAAAGUAAUUUAUAUUUAUUUUUGAAAGAUAUUAUUUAGUAAAGUAAACUUAUGAUAAAUCAAAUUGGAGCACAAAUAUGUUCAAAUUAAGAGUCGUAGAUGUUUUUGUCAACAUUAUAAAGGUACUGAAUUCGUCCACAGACUUGUUUAAAAUCUAUUAGAACAUCGGCUCUCAAACUUCCUAAUGCCGCAACCUCAUGUUUUGUUGACCUCAAACAAUAACAAUUUUUUCGUUGCUACUUGAUAAAUAAGUUUUCCAAUGGUCUCUGGUGACCCCGGUGUAAGGGUCAUGAUACCCCCAAAGGAGUCGCUACCCACAGGCUGAGAACCGCAAUAAUAAUAGAAACGUUUUACACAUUUAAACAUAAUAUUUUUUUAUGCUUUAGAUAUUGUGUUCUUUGUAAAUUACACAUUGUUGCAACCUGACUACCAUACAACAGUAUUUACACGUAUACAAACUGAAACAUGCUUAGGCUGCUUACACAACUCUUUCAAGGUGCAAUUUUCAUGAGAGCUAUUUAACGGUGCAAAGACGUUUUAAAUUAAAUAAAGCCAUCGUCAAAACUAAAAAGGGACAUUUUUGAGACAAUGCGCAAGGGGCAUAAAGGAUUACCAAAAGCUGCACCCUGCUGAGUUAUUGUAUAUCCUGACUAUAUAAUAUUCUUGUACACAAUGACUAUAUAAUGUUCUUGUACAUUCUGACUAUAUAUUUUUUUGCACACCCUGACUAUAUAAUGUUCUUGUACACCCGAAAUAUAAAAUGUUAUUGUACACCCAGACAAUAACAUUUUCUUGUAAACCCGGACAAUAAAAUGUUCCUUUGCAAACAGACUAUAUAAUGUUCUGGUUAACCAAGACUAUAUAAUGUUCUGGUUAAAAAGACUAUAUAAUAUUCUGGUUAACCAAGACUAUAUAAUGUUCUUGUACACCCGAAAUAUAAAAUGUUAUUGUACUCCCGGACAAUAACAUUUUCUUGUAAACCCGGACAAUAAAAUGUUCCUUUGCAAACAGACUAUAUAAUGUUCUGUUUAACCAAGACUCUAUACUGUUCUUGUACAUCCAGACAAUAUAACGUUCUUUUACACCCGGACUAUAAAAUGUUCUUGUAUUGUUUUAACUGACUUCAGUAACAAAUAGCAUUUAAUGCUACCACUAUUAUUUGUGUAAAAGUGUUUCCUUCUAUCAAAAGGUUGCAAGCAGACAUAAGAAUGUUUCCUGUCAUAGCUUGACAUAGCCCGGUAAUUCUAUCAUUACAUUGUCCCGAAUACAGCAUCAACGGCACGCGUAUAUCGCACAGCUGUGAAAUGAAGUCAUCAUGCAAGAAUGAGAAGAGAAUGGUAAUCCCAGGCAAUGUGUACAAUCCAAUGACCUUGGCCCCACCUGCACAAGUAAACAAUGGAGGAAGCCCAAACACUCAAUUUCAGUCAGAAAUUGGUAAAACAAAUGUUAAUUUUGUUUUAAAUACUCCAACAACUUCGUGUUAUUAAAUGGGUAAAAAUUCUUCUCCACGCUAAUUUAUGGGUAUAACAUUAUUUUAAAGGCGAUGGGAGACGGGACAAACUUGUACCUAUUCAGUAGCUAGGGCCCGCCAUUAAAUGGCGUAGGCUAUGCGUGACAUUCCAAUUUACUUAAGUUAAUUGACAUGAGUUCGUACAUUUUAAUUUAUAAGAAUCAAAACUAGUGCCCAUACAACCCAACACAAUCUUGCCACUGCCGACAUUUUUCGGGCCCCUGCACAAAGUUAAAAGAUAAAUGUGACAAAUUCUUUUAAAUCAGCAAAAUCAUCAGAGUAAUUUCAUCAUAUUUAAAUUUUGGAAUCUUUUGGAUGUUAAAGGAAAUUUUAUUUUUCAUCGCUAUUUAACUCAACAUUACAAGAUCCUUUCUUUCAUAAACAGAGCAUUAUACUUAUUGUUUUUUUUAAAAUUAAUUUUCACACGAAUACAUGUGGCCUAGGCUAGUUUUGUAAUAAAUCUUGGUCUUGUUUUGUCUAACUUAGAUUGACUUUAGUAACCCUUAAAAGAACAAAAUAUGAAUUUGAAUUCCACUUGCAGGUUUCUCUCUUGAAAAGUUUGCAUGCAGAAAAUGAAAUACCAAAUAAACUUAAAUCGAGAAAUUUCCUUUAAAUGUGCAUGUAUGGACUCCUACGGUUUAUUAAUAUUUUUAAAAGUUGAAUACAAUGCCAUAUAAUUUUAAAUUUCUAUUCUGAAAGCUAUUUCUUUAAUAAUAAGCAUUAGUAGCACAUAAACUUUCUGUGAUCACACCAAACACAAUUCUUGAAAAAUAAUUAAUACGUUUUAACAAAUAUAUAACUUUUUAUUUAGUUUAUUUUUUAACUAAUGUUUUUAAAAAAAUAGUUAUUACUUUCACAAUUGAUGGGCCCCUUUUCAAAGAGCAUGACUCCCAAGACCCAAUCUAUCUGAAAAAAAAUGACGUUGCAAACUGAACCAAUGGGACGGUAAAGUUGGGGCUAACGAUGACUUAUACCAUAAUACCGAUGACUUCAAUGACAUGAGUUACGAUUUCGUUACAGAUGACGUGAUUUAUGAUAACACUGGAUUCGUAGGUCACGAAGACACAGAAAGGACAACGGAAGAAGAUACGGAACAAAUUAAAAUGAAAAAAAAGCAAAUGUUUGUCCAGCAAGCAAAUACAAUUAAAAAUAAAGUUAUUCUCGAUGUGAGGAUCAAAGCUUAUGUAACUCUAUAGAAGAUCUGAUAUCUGUUUCUUGAUUAUGAAAUAUUCUUGUUAGUUAUAAUAUUAUAAGUUUGGUGUUAAUAUUAUAAUAUUACAAAUAUAUCGGAAAGAAAGAUAUUUUUUAAAUAAUAAUUAUUAAAAUAGUUCACUUAAUUAAUUUCUUACCAUUUUUUAUACUUAAAGGAUAAAGUGUUUGCUAUUUCUUUCAAAUGACCAAAACUAAUUGCUCAUUGUUCAUCACCGAAGUUUUUAAAGGCCCGUAACACCCACAGAAAAUAC